UUCGCUUAUCCUGGGGACAAAGAAGGAGGACUUGCCGGAGAGCCAAUUCGCUUAUUGUGCGGAGAGCCAGUUUGCUUAUCCUGGGUUCAAAGAAGGAGGAGAGCUAGUUCGCUUGUGCGGAGAGCCAGUUCGCUUUUUUUGGGGACAAAGAAGGAGGACCUGCCGGAGAGCCAGUUCGCUUGUGCGGAGAGCCAGUUCGCUUAUCCUGGGGACAAAGAAGGAGGACCUGCCGGAGAGCCAGUUCGCUUAUCUGGGGACAAAGAAGGAGGACCUGCCGGAGAGCCAGUUCGCUUGUGCGGAGAGCCAGGUCGCUUAUCCUGGGGACAAAGAAGGAGGAUUUGCCGGAGAGCCAGUUCGCUUGUGCGGAGAGCCAGUUCGCUUAUCCUGGGGACAAAGAAGGAGGACCUGCCGGAGAGCCAGUUCGCUUGUGCGGAGAGCCAGUUCGCUUAUCCUGGGUUCAAAGAAGGAGGACCUGCCGGAGAGCCAAUUCGCUUGUGCGGAGAACCAAUUUGCCUAUCCUGGGUUCAAAGAAGGAGGACCUGCCGGAGAGGACCUGCCGGAGAGCCAGUUCGCUUGUGCGGAGAGCCAGUUCGCUUAUCCUGGGGACAAAGAAGGAGGACCUGCCGGAGAGCUAGUUCGCUUAGCUGGGGCCAAAGAAGGAGGACCUGCCGGAGAGCCAGUUCGCUUGUGCGGAGAGCCAGUUCGCUUAUCCUGGGGACAAAGAAGGAGGAUUUGCCGGAGAGCCAGUUCGCUUGUGCGGAGAGCCAGUUCGCUUAUCCUGGGGACAAAGAAGGAGGACCUGCCGGAGAGCCAGUUCGCUUGUGCGGAGAGCCAGUUCGCUUAUCCUGGGGACAAAGAAGGAGGACUUGCCGGAGAGCCAAUUCGCUUGUCGUGGGUUCAAAGAAGGAGGACCUGCCGGAGAGUCAGUUCGCUUGUGCGGAGAGCCAGUUCGCUUAUCCUGGGGACAAAGAAGGAGGACCUGCCGGAGAGCCAGUUCGCUUAUGCGGAGAGCCAGUUCGCUUAUCCUGGGGACAAAGAAGGAGGACCUGCCGGAGAGCCAGUUCGCUUAUCUGGGGACAAAGAAGGAGAGAACCUGCCGGAGAGCCAGUUCGAUUAUCCUGGGGACAAAGAAGGAGGACCUGCCGGAGAGCCAGUUCGCUUGUGCGGAGAGCCAGUUCGCUUAUCCUGGGGCCAAAGAAGGAGGACUUGCCGGAGAGCCAAUUCGCUUGUGCGGAAAGCCAUUUUGCUUAUCCUGGGUUCAAAGAAGGAGGACCUGCCGGAGAGCCAGUUCGCUUGUGCGGAGAGCCAGUUCGCUUAUCCUGGGGACAAAGAAGGAGGACCUGCUGGAGAGGUAGUUCGCUUGUGCGGAGAGCCAGUUCGCUUAUCCUGGGGACAAAGAAGGAGGACCUGCCGGAGAGCCAGUUCGCUUACCCUGGGGACAAAGAAGGAGGACCUGCUGGAGAGCUACUUCGCGUAUCCUGGGGCCAAAGAAGGAGGACCUGCCGGAGAGCCAGUUCGCGUAUCCUGGGGACAAAGAAGGAGGACCUGCCGGAGAGCCAGUUCGCUUGUGCGGAGAGCCAGUUCGCUUAUCCUGGGAACAAAGAAGGAGGACUUGCCGGAAAGCAAAUUCGCUUGUGCGGAGAGCCAGUUUGCUUAUCCUGGGUUCAAAGAAGGAGGACCUGCCGGAGAGCCAGUUCGCUUGUGCGGAGAGCCAGUUCGCUUAUUUUGGGGACAAAGAAGGAGGACCUGCCGGAGAGCCAGUUCGCUUGUGCGGAGAGCCAGUUCGCUUAUCCUGGGGACAAAGAAGGAGGACUUGCCGGAGAGCCAGUUCGCUGUAUCUGGGGCAAAGCAGGAGGAGGACUUGCCGGAGAGCCAGUUCGCUUGUGCGGAGAACCAGUUCGCUUAUCCUGGGGACAAAGAAGGAGGACUUGCCGGAGAGCCAGUUCGCUUGUGCGGAAAGCCAGUUCGCUUAUCCUGGGGACAAAGAAGGAGGACUUGCCGGAGAGCCAAUUCGCUUGUGCGGAGAGCCAGUUCGCUUAUUUUGGGGACAAAGAAGGAGGACCUGCCGGAGAGCCAGUUCGUUUGUGCGGAGAGCCAGUUCGCUUAUUUUGGGGACAAAGAAGGAGGACCUGCCGGAGAGCCAGUUCGCUUGUGCGGAGAGCCAGUUUGCUUCUCCUGGGGACAAAGAAGGAGGACCUGCCGGAGAGCCAGUUCGCUUAUCCUGGGGACAAAGAAGGAGGACCUGCCGGAGAGCCAGUUCGCUUGUGCGGAGAGCCAGUUCGCUUAUCCUGGUGACAAAGAAGGAGGACUUGCCGGAGAGCCAUUUCGCUUGCGCGGAGAGCCAGUUCGCCUAUCCUGGGGACAAAGAAGGAGGACCUGCCGGAGAGCCAGUUCGCUUGUGCGGAGAGCCAGUUCGCUUAUCCUGGGGACAAAGAAGGAGGACUUGCCGGAGAGCCAAUUCGCUUAUUGUGCGGAGAGCCAGUUUGCUUAUCCUGGGUUCAAAGAAGGAGGAGAGCUAGUUCGCUUGUGCGGAGAGCCAGUUCGCUUUUUUUGGGGACAAAGAAGGAGGACCUGCCGGAGAGCCAGUUCGCUUGUGCGGAGAGCCAGUUCGCUUAUCCUGGGGACAAAGAAGGAGGACCUGCCGGAGAGCCAGUUCGCUUAUCUGGGGACAAAGAAGGAGGACCUGCCGGAGAGCCAGUUCGCUUGUGCGGAGAGCCAAUUCACCUAUCCUGGGGACAAAGAAGGAGGACUUGCCGGAGAGCCAGUUCGCUUGUGCGGAGAACCAGUUCGCUUAUCCUGGGGACAAAGAAGGAGGACCUGCCGGAGAGCCAGUUCGCUUGUGCGGAGAACCAGUUCGCUUAUCCUGGGGACAAAGAAGGAGGACUUGCCGGAGAGCCAAUUCGCUUAUUGUGCGGAGAGCCAGUUUGCUUAUCCUGGGUUCAAAGAAGGAGGACCUGCCGGAGAGCCAGUUCGCUUGUGCGGAGAGCCAGUUCGCAUAUUUUGGUGA